CGACACAUACACGGAUUUUCAUGUCGUGACGAGUACCUCGGAAUCGGUAAGAAAAAAACAUAAGCAGACAGGCGAAGCAGAGCAUACCGUUUAAUAAUGAAUGCAUAAGAACGUUCGACGCGCGCCGAGAACGAGAACAGAACCCGUCUGCGUAUGAAUGCGUGCGUGCGGUGCGGCAAAGGUGUUGGAUAUUUUUUUGAGGUUUGCUCCGGCUUUAAAUGCGUUGUCUUGUUGUACUACCAUCGAAUUCGAAUCGUUAAAAGUGCGUGGAAAAGUGUACGAAACGAAACCAAUACACGGAAAGUGGGACAACGGCGACCGAGAGCGCUCGUUGCGCUUGUCUGUGGUGUCCGUGUGUGCGUGUGUGUUGCCGUUGUGUGCGUGUGGCUGUGUCUGUGUGUGUGCACCGUCCGCUGGCCCUGCGAGUGUGUGCGUGUGCCUGCCUACUGCGGUCGAGUGCCCAGUGCUUCGGAAUCGUAUCGAAACGAAAUGAAUUGAAAAAGUGUGUUUUACUUCUCGCUAAAACGCCCAAAAACGAAUAAGCACCAGAGCAGUCAAAGUGCAUAGAAAUAUGAGCAUGCCAAUGCCAGCAAAUCUGAAACGGAAUCGGAAUCGCGAAUUGUGCACGCAAAUCAAAAUCAAAAGCAAACCCAAAACCAGGCGCUCUUGCUCUUCUACUCCAUCUUCUUUUGUCUGACUCUGAGCGACGACUUUGCCGCAUGGCUGGCGGCCACAGGACAAUCGAAUAUAGCAAUGAAUGAUUUACGUCAGCAGCAGAUGGUAGCAGCGACAUCGUCAUCAGGAUCGGAAUCGGGAACAGCGGUAGAAUCGGCAGCCGCCACGUCUACAGCAGGAUCAGCAGGAGCAGCAGGUCGCCUCCAGCCCAACUGCAACUCAAAGUCAGUGGCAGCGAGCAGCACGAGCGAGGAGGAGCAGCGGGUUAGCUCCACGUCGUCGCCAGCCCAGCGGGAUCAGCAGCUGAAUGCGGAUCAAGAGCGGGAUCAGGAUCAGGAUCAGGAGCAGGAGCCACAGCAGCAGCAGCGCGAGGGGGCACUGCAGCAUCAGCACAACCAGCCCGGCCAUAUAACCAGCACCACAGCGUCGCCUCCGCCGACGCAGCCGCCUCCGACGACGCCGUGCGACGAUGCCCCAAGCACAACUGGAGCAUCUGCAUCUGCAUCGGCCAGCUCAGCAUCCGGAGAAGCACCAGCGGGAGCAGCGGGUGGAGCAAUGGCUGCCACGGCGAUCACGGUAGAGGGCGAGGAGCGGGACGGGCACAAGAUCAUCCUGAAGCUCUCCAUGCACUCCAGCCCCAACUCAAACCCAAAUGAAUCUCAGCCGCCGGGCGAUGAGAGGCGCGUGGAACCCCUGCGCAUCCAUCUGCCCUGCAGCGGCGGCGGAGGAGGUGGAGAAGGAGGCCUGGUGGCCAAGCCGCAGGACGCCUUCGACGCGGACGCCUCCUCCUGCUCCUCAUCGUGCGCCGAGGACGAGGUGGCCAGCACUCUCGGCCAACAACUGCGGAACACCCCGCACAUAGUGCCAAAGCUGACCAUCCGCGCCGCGAACGAGAGGCGCGUGGGCAGCGUGGUGCCCAAGCUGACCAUCAAAUUGCCCGAAAACCCGGCUGCCUCUGGCUCCAACUCCAAUUCUGGGUCGUGCUCGUCGGCAGUGAGUGGCGGAGUCCAGUCGGCGAUGCCCGCCAAGAACGACGCCCACUUGUCCAGCCUUUCCCCCGCCUCCGCCUCUUCCUCUUCAGCCUCGUCCUCCUCCUCUUCGUCGUCGUCGUCCUCUCUGGCGGAGAUGCAGACGGUGCCCAAGCUGAUGAUCAAGACAACGCUGGCGGGAAGCAGCUGCAUCAGCAGCAGCGAGGAGCAUCCGCACCAGCAGCAGCAGAUACCAAAGUUAACCAUCAAGACGGGAGGCAGCGGCGGCGGUCAAGAGCCCAUGCACACGGUCAUUAUGACGCACGACCUGACCAACGCCCAGAGCAUCCCCAAGCUUACCAUAAAGACGAAGUCCAUCGAGCUGCUUGAGGACGAGCCGGCGGCCAAGGUGGAGCCGCAGCAGCUGCAACCCCUGCCCAAGCUGACCAUCAAGAACCUGUGCUCGCCCAAGCACAAGGUGCGUGCGGUGCUCGAGGAGAAGCCGAUAUCGGCGACUUCCAAGCUGGCAGUCCCGAAGCCCACGGCGGCCAAUCCUACGCCGACGGUGACGAACGCUCCGAUGACGAAUGGCGGCGAGUCGAACAGCAGCAGCCAGGAGUUCUGCGGCUUCUCCGACCCGGACGCAGAUACGGCAGCGGCUGCUUCGGACGAGGGUCGCCGCAACUCUGACGACAUGGUAAUCGACGAUUCGCUGUCCAAGGGGCACGACCCCAAGAUGUUUCACAACCUGCCGCCACUGGCCGCCAGCAAUGGUAUCGCCAGCGGUGCGAGCAAGAUCAACAAAGCCGGAAAGCCUGCCCAGCCGCAGCACAACGUGGUGGACAUGGUAGACCUGACGUCGUCCCCGUCGCCUGGCUCUUCGCCCGCGCAUGUACCCAACAACUUUACGGGACGCAUUUCGCCGAACAACCUGCUCAUCGAGUGCCUGCGUGCGCAAGCUGCACCUGUUAAUUUUACCACCCAGCAAACUGCCUCGCUCAGUUCAAACAUCCUGCUUAGCCAGCUGACGGCGCCGGCUAAGGGCUUCACCACGGCCACGCCGCAGAGCAAAUCCAGCAAGUAUCCCCAGCUAACCGAACGCCUGAUGGCCAAUGGUGGCGUUAGCGGCGGUGGAGGAGGAUCUGUUGUUGCGGCAGGAGGCGAAACGGCCGUUGGUCCGCAGGCCUCCGCGAAUCCUGCGCAACCUGCCAUCGAGUCUAUCGAGAUCUUGGACACGCCUGAUGGCAGUCCGAGGGUUCCCUACAUGGACGAUGAGCACCCCCUUCCGUUGUUCAACAACCAUCACCAAACCAACCGCAAGCAUGCCGGAGCUCUCAGUGACGACCAGCACUUGGAGGACCAAGAGAUGCAGGAGCUGGACAACAACAACGAGAACCACUUAAAGCGCACCAGCAGCGAGGGCAACGAAUCUCCAAGUAGUGGCAUACCUCCCAACAAGCAGAGACGAAUGGACAAUGACGAGAACGACCAGCAGACACAGAACUGUCACGAUCCCGCCAGGAAGUGCAAUGCCAGUCCCGGCGAAUCGCUGCAGGCGCUGCCGCCGUCACAUCGCUCGCGCAAGCAGAAGCACGAGCGCAUUCUCAACACGGACCUGGAGGAUGCUCUUUUUCCACCCACCCAACAGCAUGCGAUAUCUACGCCGGACCAGAAUGGAGCCCUGUCCUCGGAGGUCCAACUGGACGACGCCAAGGCCCAGGAUCCGCUGGAACAGCCGCACACUCCGCUCCCGCUCCCGGUAGCUACGUCGGCGGGCACGGGCAAGAAACGGGGGCGUCCGAAACGAAUUCAGAACCAGAGCACAGUCGAGUCUGCCGGGGCCAUUGCCGCAGUCACUCCCAAGCCCGACACUCCACAGGAGGAGGCCAGUAGCGCUGUCAAGUCGCGACGCGUACAACUGCUACGCAAGCGAUUGGCCAUCGAUAUGGUUAGCGUGAGCCAAGCACUGAAGGACGCGGCGACGAAGAACUCGUCCUUGUGCGAGCCAAAUGCUCGGAUAAUCGACGAAGAACUUCCCGGUGCGCUGGAAACUCCCAAAAGUCGCGACCACCGCCAGCUGAGAGCCACGCGGCGCACCACGACCCACAAUCCCAGCCCGAACGCUAGCCUGCAGCCUACUCCCAAAUCCACGCGAAAGCGCCAGAGCAAGGCCAGUGCCCAGCAUAGCCAGCUGGCGCCGCCGCCGCCGGCGAUGCCUCAGUUUGGUAUCUUGGAGGCCGAGUCAAACAACAACAACAGCAGCAGCAUGUCCUUCGCUCUCACCGCGCAGAUUGACCUAACCAUGUGCUCGUCCAGCUCGUCGACUUCCUCGGGCGCUGCCGCCAACCAGCAGGUGAUCAGCGGGAGCGGCAGCAGCUCCAUGCUGCCUCCGACAACUAUUCUGUCUUCUUCCGACCCGCUGCCCGAUGUCAUCUUCCAGCCAAACGAUUUUUCCUCGAUCAUGGCCACCCAACAGCUGCGCUCCCCGCGCCCCUCAAGCAUCAGCGGUGGCAGUGCCGGCGGUAGCCAGCAAGAUUCACACGAUGAGGACAACUACAACAGUGCGCUGGACAACUCCGGAGACGAAUCCGUCGCGACGUUACCGAUGCUUUCGAUGGCAACUCCGACGCGAGGACGCGGACGUGGCAGGGGAUCCAGGGGAGGCGGCCGCAAUAGAGGCUCUUCUUCGGCAGACCGAGCUGCCAGCGCCGGAGGCGGAGGCACAGGGUCCACAACACCAACUACGCAGUCACGGGCGCCGCGGAUGAGCCGUGGAGCAAGCGCCGUUGCCAAGGCCAUCGCUAUGAGUCGACCGCGCUGCGUUGGAGGCCUGAAGCACCAGCCCGAUCCCGAGAGACUCAAAGGCUUGUUCAGUCCGUCGCCGCAAGUGUUUGAGGAGGACACGCGUAUGAGCGCGGAUCUAAGCAACAGCAGUCAGUCCAUGACCAGCCUAAUGGAACCUCCGCUAACGCCACAGAAGCAACCCGACUUUCUUAACAACGAGGAGUCACAGUCGUCCAUGGUGAGCAAUGUAAGCAUGAUCGACUCGAACCAGGGUCAGUCCGUCGACGCUAUUCUGGGCUCAGCGCUCAAACGUCCAAAGAAAAAAAAGAUGGAAAUUUGCGUGGCCGAAGACACGGACUACAGCGCCUCCAGCAUUGCGGAGUACGACUGGCCACCGCCCAAAGGUUGCUGUCCUUCGAAAAACCGUGACACCUUUAUGAUUCAAGAGCAGGUGGCCCUCUAUUUGGGCAUCACGAGCUUCAAGCGCAAGUACCCGGAUCUGCCACGCCGCGCCGUCGACAUGGAGGAGCGCAAUUGGCUGCAGGAGAAGGGACUGGUCAGCGAGCGGAUGUGCGACCUGGGCAUCACCGCCGUGUGGGCAUCCGACAUCCUGGACAUUAUGUACGCGGACUUUUACGAUAAGUAUGAAGAGUAUAAGGAGUACAUUCGCCAGAAGCACUUGCGCGAGAUCGAGGCUAAGCAGAAGGCUCUGGGACUGACGGUUGGGGCAGGAAAAGGUCUUCAAGCGCGUGACCGUGCCAUGCUAUCGGCUAGCAAGUGGAACGUUUACUUCAACAAGACCCGCAAGGAUGAGCGCCAGGUCUGUCUGGAUCUGCAGACAUUUACGAUAAAUCAGCCGCUGCAUAGGACGGCGCCCACAUCCACCUGCCUACAGCGCUCUAUUGUGAAUGUGGUGCGGGCGGCGGCGGAAGCGGAAAAUGUGCCGGAACCGCCCACUCUUCUGCCGCCCCGAGUCUACGACGAGGCCUUCCGCGACUCGGACUAUGCCUAUCCGCUUACGGUGGUGCCGGACCAGUUCUCGUUGGCCUAUCGCCACUUCGAGCCCGCCGAGCUACGAGCCUAUCCACUGGACACGGCACUGGAUGUGCCUGCUGAUGUGAUGGCGCAGCUGCUGCAGGGACACAACGAAGCUUCUGGCAGUGAAGAAAUAAAAAUGCCCGCCUCGGCCGCCAAAGAUCUGGGGCAAGAGCCGUCUGCGAUCAAGACCCAAAUGGCAGCGGCGCCCAUUCGGCGCAGCAGAAGAUCGGCACGGCAGCAGACGGACAAGGUCCGCACGGCCAGCAGCUCCAGCACUUCCUCCGCGCAGUCGCUCUCAUCCGCAUCCAGCGGCAACGGAAGCAGCAGUGAUACGGGCAGCGGCGAUGAAAGCGACUCUAGCAGCAGCUCGAGUUGUUGCAGUUCGACCGGUGCCUCGAGUGGAGCUGGCAGCGAGGAUGAGGAUGAGAACGAGUCCUCGCCGUCAACCAGGCUGUCCAACUGCGGUGUCUGCCUGCGCAGCCAGCAUCGCAAUGCUAGGGACAUGCCGGAGGCCUUCAUCCGCUGCUACAGCUGCCGAAGGCGCGUCCAUCCCAGCUGCAUUGAGAUGCCCCAGCGUAUGGUGGGUCGCGUGAGGAACUAUAACUGGCAGUGCGCCGGCUGCAAGUGCUGCAUCAAGUGCCGGAGCAGUCAGCGGCCAGGAAAGAUGCUCUACUGCGAGCAGUGCGACCGAGGCUACCACAUCUACUGCCUGGGUCUCAAGACGGUGCCGGAUGGACGCUGGAGCUGUGAACGGUGCUGUGUGUGCAUGCGAUGCGGAGCCACUCGGCCGGAGGGUCUGCCCCACGUGGCCGCCCUGUCCCAGGCCUCCGCGGGACCCUCGCCCAACGGGGACCGAUCGAAGGCGUUGUCGCGCAGCAAGCGACUGAAAUGGGUGCAUGAGUACAGGUUUGACCACUUAACAAAGCUGCGGGAGCAUGCCGCCAUGUUCUGCGUGCCCUGUGCGCGGAGCAAGCCUCCCAAGCGGCAGCCAGCGGAGGCGGCGACGACCGUGACUGCGACUGCGACAGUCGCCUCCUAUUCGCAGAUUGUGUCCACAAGCACGGAUGCCAGUCCGAUACCAAGUCCCGGCCUGACGCUUAAUGGAGACCGCGCUCUCUCACCGGAGGCGGCGGCUUCACUGAGUCCAAAGGCAGCUGUGCCCGUUUUGGAGGCGUCGUCGUCAUCGUCGGCGGUGACCACAAACAUGGCGGGAACGAUGAGCAAGCGGCAUCCGGGGAACUCGGUCAAUAUCACAACGAUGCAGUGCAGCAGCAGCACCUUCAGCGGGAACGGGGUCUCUGAGGAUGCGGCGACUGUCGCGGCCACGGGAGCAACGGCCACUGCGGCAGCAGGAGCUGGAUCUGGAGCACCGACGGCCACGCCCAUCGGCAUAGCUCCGCCUCCGGUUGUUGCCUGAGUGGGGGUCAUACGUUAUUGUGCCAAGCGCACUCUAACGGACUUAUAGUAAGCGCCGGGCGCGCCGCCCUUUCCCAGAACCCCGCCCCCACUAUCCCAAAAACACACAGAUGCAUAGUAUUAAUGAAUGCGACAGGAGGAGGAGCCGUAAUGAGAAACUAUUUAAGGAUUUUUUUUUACUAUCAUUAUUCUUUAUUGUCAGUACAUCGUAUUGCGAUUGUUUUAUAUAUAUAUAUAUGAAUAUUCCUAUUAUAGUUAUGUUACUUAACUUUGCUAAUGUUAACAACCAAACGACAUAAAAAGAACACACAUGACAAGCACCCAAACACCAAGUAGACCACGUUAUGCUUAAGUCUUUUACGCCUAAUUUGAGUAGCCUAGCACCUAAGUCAGAACUUCAAUUUGUUUCUAGAGAAUUCAUUUGACGCAUUUUAGUUCAAUUGCGCGCAAUUGCCUUCAGAUUUCAGUUUUUAUCGAAAGAGAGAGUGCUGUCUGUAUUCCCGUGUCCUUGGAGACCUGUCCAUGUCUGUAGGGCUUACUGUUCCGUGUUACUGUUUACUUUUCAGUCGAAAUAGUGUCUUUUUCUCAGCCUCUAAGUCUAAGCAACUUUAUACUUGUGCAUCUAUAUCUUAUAUAUACACACACGCAAGUGGGUCCCCCAUUUCUUGAUUUUAAAUGUCUUAUGCGCCGAAUUUUUUUGAACAUGUAUAUGUAUGUAUUUGUAAGAACUACAGCCCUGUAGCCCAUGUAAGUAGUUAAGCACAACCUAAGUAGUGUCUUCAUGUGCGGUAGCGGCUUGGUUUUUUUUUUCGUUUAGUUUCAGUAGAUUCGUAAGCGGAAAAUGGCCUUCGUUCGAUCGAAAUUCGAUGAAAGCCAAGUUCUACUCUGUAAUUGUACGGCUAAGAAUGUAUUAUAAAUGUAAUUUAUGCUAACACAUACCCCACAAUCGAACCCACACACACCACAGGCAAACAAAUUCUAUAUAUAUUUAUAUAUUACCUGUAACUAUAAGAUAAAAGCACAAGAACAGAUACAAUUUUGGAAUGCGAGGAUCGGGAGAAAGCAAAGAUUGAUUUAAAAAGAAAACCAUGUGUGAAAUAAUAUUAGGAUAAAACACAGUUCUGGUACCGCCGCAGAAUAUAUAGGUAGCGAUAAGUCUAAGUUUUCGGUCUACUUAACAGAAAGUGGAUAUACGCACGGGCCCAGCUGCAGACGCUGGAGAGACCCCGGCGGUAAUCUACUUUUCCAUGGAAUUUAAAGCUUAAGUCCUUAUUAAGUGAAAUUAUUCUUAUGUAUACAUACUAAAAGAUUUAUUUUUAAGUCGAAUAAAACAGCAGCAUUAAUAA